GCUGUAAAGGUUUUUUAUUAUUUUUUUAUCCUUCGCCUUCUUCCUCUUAUAGCCGCCUUCUGCUUGUGCAUACCUCACGAAAAACAACGCAAGAUACUGCGCACCUACACGGAGACGUUGUCUGUGCCUCUCACCCAGCGCUUUUUCUUCUGCGUCUGUUUCGCAUGAGGCCCUCCCUUUUCUUUUAAGCAACUUACCUCACCCCCCACUAAUCACCACCACGCACAACACAUCGAUCGUGCACGCCACCUCUUGCUAUUGUAGUUCUCCGCUUGCACCUCGUCGUCACUUUUCCUUUCUCGUUCAAUCAUUCCGUCCCAUCACAGACAAAAACAACACAGAAAAGAUGACGCAGCUGCACUCCGUUGCCAGUCUCGACUACGGCGAUGGCCGCACCUGUGUGUGCCGUAUCUGUGAGUGUGGCAAGCACCACUGCCCCGGCAUGAAGGUGCCAUUUGUGGGCGAGACGACCUACCGCGAUGAGUACGUGGGCAAGAACUCGGAGCGGGAGCGCCCGCGCCGCGCGCGGCAGACCGUCUUCCCCACCAAGGCCGAAGAAGGUCACUUCAAGACCACGAAUCAGGAGGCGGCGGAGCUGCUGGAGGGCAAAGAUCUUCGCCCUGCAGAGUCGUACAAGCCGCGCGAGGCGGCGGCGGCGCCGAUGCCGUUUGAAGGCACGUCGACGAACCGCGCUGACUACCCGGGGUGGAUGCCCGAGAACAACCGUGUCCGGCGCAAGCAGGAGCCAAUGCCGAAGCUGCCCGGCACCUACUCCACCACCAAGGGGGCGAUGGAGGAGCCAGUGCGCGACCUCGCUGACCGCAACGCCCUGCCCAAGCCGCCGAAGAGCUUCAAGGCGGACGACACCCCGCAGGGCAACGUGCCCUUCGACGGCGUCACGAGCUACACGGCGGAGUACCCGCCGAAGGAGGUGCCGAUGACCCGCAGCGCGAUGCGUCGUGACAACCAGGACGCCAUGCCCGAGAAUCGCGACUUCGAGACCACCAACUCCAACGCGUACCAGGUGCCGCCCAUGCACAUGCGCCACGACUGCCCGGCCGCCUUUGUGCCGGUGCGGCCGGCGUCGCGUGAUGGCCACAUCAAGCUCUCGGUGUACAACAUCCCGUCUGGUGACACGAUGAUGCCGGCGUAA